AUGAGCGGCCCUGGUGAAGAUCGAUGGCGCGGUGGCCGGCCGUUCGACAAUCGUCAACCCACGCAAAGGAAUGCGACUCUGGGCUCGCGCGACCGAGCUGCAGGUUCUCGAGGAGCGCAAAAUGCCAACCAGUCUAGUGCUUGGAGCGGUCCCCGUGAACAGAAUGCUCCAGGUUUGUCGCAAGAACGACACGUUUCCGUGAAGAGUUUCAAUGCGGCCGAAUGCAAGGCUGCUCUCAAACCAGCUCCUUCCCGUGCGUUCUCACUUCCUACUUUUCAGUCUCCAGUCUUUCGUCCUGAAAUGAUGGCAUCCGUAACGGAUAUUGACAACCGGCAAUUAGAACCAGCUCCGCUAAAGUACAAGCCUACAGGCCCUUCAGGCAAGGAUACAGCUAGCAACCGGGCGAGCGCACCAUGGGCCACCAAGCCGAAUUCCAUGGCCAACAACAAGGACUUUUUCCUCGAGCUCCGCAAGCAAGUAACCAUCUUACGACAGGGUGGCAGCAUACCCGGCGGCUAA